UGUGCACUAAGCGCACUCUUGCGAUCGUGGUUUGUGAAGGCGGGCUGUGGGUUGUGGGAAGGUGUGUGAAAAGUUCAGACAGUCAGAUUAUUAUUUUUUACAGAGUCAGAAACGAAGUCAGAUAAGGCGUCACUUACAGAAGCACACACAGAGUGUGAUCGUGGUAGCCUGUGAAGGCGGGUUGUGGGUUGGAGGAAAAGUGUUUGAGAAAGUCAGAAGCAAAGUCAGAAACAGUCACGUACGGAGUCAGAAUCAAAGUCAGAUACGGCGUCACUUACAGAGGCACAUACGGACUGUGAUCGUGGGAUGUGAAAGAGGGCUGUGAAUUGGUGGAUAAGUGUGUAAGAAGUCGGAUACAGAUUCAGAAACGACGUCAGAUACACAGUCACAUACGGAGUCAGAUACAGUGUCAGAUCAGGACAAGGACAGGGAGUGUACAGAGUUGAGAUACUGAUCGACAUGUGAUGGCAAUUCUGCGAUGCCAGCUCCUUGUAAACAGAAGCUCCGUGCUCAUCUGUCAGCUGAUCUUCGUCACGUCGCUGGGGUAUUCUGUCGUCACUGCUGCCACCAAAGUAUGCACAGACAACUCUCUCCUGAACAACAGCGGUAUGAACGUCGACAAAAGGGUGACGCAAACUCCUUACGUUAUCCUUACAACAUCGGGGCUGAUGGACUGCGGGGUUAAGUGUCAAAGACGAAAGGCGUGCGGCGGUGUCAACUUUAACGUCAACACUGGCGACUGUGAAUUGUUGGGUGUGGCAGCAAAUCAAAAUUCAUUUACCACAGAGACGGGAUGGAUCCAUUCCAUUGUCGCCAUGUUCCCGAAGAUACUGUCAGGGAACUGUGCUGACCACACCUGCACCUCCCUUCAGUACUGUGAACCUUCAGCUUCCUCGUACAGCUGCAUCUCAACGGCACUAGAAACUGCUACCGCUGCCACUACUUCCACCACCACUCAAACCACCACAACUUCUACUACAACUUCAACGACAACUACAACGACAACAACUCCAGCUCCUCCGAAUUUUCCAAUAUCAUCGGGUGAGAGAGAUGACAAGUGACAUGGAGGUAGAUGAACAAGAACCUUAUAAAAUACAAAUAUCAGUCUGCUAAAUCCAUGAAGAUUAUUCCGAAAACAAACAAUUACAAGGAUGUUACUGUGAUCGAUUGACGUUGAAAAACGUCACGCCACAGCCCCUCGGUUUCGCAGAAUUCAACUUUAUUUUAUCUCUUUUGAAAUGGGGUACCAGUUCUGUUGAUGAAUGAACAUCUAUUUUUACUAUGACCCUUUUCAGUUGUUUAGCUGCUUGAAUGUUAGGUACAUCAUUGUCACUGACAGGAUCGACUUGAACCACUGUCUGAAAGGAGUGAUUUGGCUUCAAAACCAUUGUUAAGUUACCAUUGUCAUUGACAGGAUCGACUUGAACCACUGUCUGAAAGGAGUGAUUUGGUUACAAAACCAAUGUUAGGUUACCAUUGUCAUUGACAGGAUCGACUUGAACCACUGUCUGAAAGGAGUGAUUUGGUUACAAAACCAAUGUUAGGUUACCAUUGUCAUUGACAGGAUCGACUUGAACCACUGUCUGAAAGGAGUGAUUUGGUUACAAAACCAAUGUUAGGUUACCAUUGUCAUUGACAGGAUCGACUUGAACCACUUUCUGAAAAUUGAGAGAUUUGGCUUCAAAGCCAAUGGUAAGUUACCACAGUCACUGACAGGAUCGACUUGAACCACUUUCUGAAAAGUGUGUGAUUUGGCUCCCAAACCUUUGAAAAUUAUUUCAGUUAUUGUCAGGCGUAGAGGACUAACAUAUGGACAAUGCCCGAAUUUAUGUUGGUCCUGUUGAUAACACGUUUGAGUAACCCACGUGCAGCGGUUAAUGCUGUCAAACUGAGAAACAGUUCGAGUCCACGAUCAUGAUUCCUGGCACGCAUAAGGGGCGCAACUCUGUACAGCUAACUGUGGCGCAUCACGACUGCUUUACCAGUUUUCUUUAAAAAAGUAUUCCCUAGUCACAGGUUCAUGUCACAUGUCCAUCGGUGUUAAUUAUAUUUUUACCGGAUCGUGGUAUUUGAUGCAAUCUAAUGUAUGUUGUUAACGCCGUAUUUACUAAUGUUCCA